AUGAAUAAUGAUUUUCAACAAGAUGUACAUGACUUUCUUGUAACUCAACAGAUAUCGUUGCAUAUGAUUCAUCCAAAUGCGCCUCACUCCGGAGGUAUUUGGGAGAGCGCGGUAAAAUCUGCCAAAAAACACCUGUAUCAUGCAGUAGGAGACACACGUCUCACUUAUGAAGAAGUUUAUACGGUCCUCACGCAAGUUAAAUUGUGUCUGAAUGCACGUUCUUGGAACCCACUGUCCGACGAUCCCAAUGACCUCAGACCUUUAACUCCUCGGUAUUUUUCAACUGGGAACUCGUUCACUGCCUUGCGACAACCAAAUCUUCGAAAUCGCUUAAGCGGAUACCAACAGCUGCAGCAAACGCUGCAACUUUUUUGGCAGUGCUGGUAA